GGGGUAUAUGCGCUAUGUAGAUAAAUAUUUUUGAUUGAUUUUGUUUUUAUAUUUAGAUUUUUAUAAUUGGAUUGGCAAUAGUAGUAAUGGGUGACUAAAUAUUUUUCCUGUUUGAAUACAGCAGUUUAAAAUAUAAAAAAUAAAAAAAAAACAGGUAGUUAAUGGUAAUAUUAAAUGGGAAAUUCAAGCAACAAGAAGCUCCAUGAUGGUGUCAACGGUCCGAUCAGCCUAAAAAGUUUCGUUAUACUUCGAUCAAUUGGAAAGGGGGCAUUUGGAAAGGUAUCAAUUGUAAAAAUGAAGUCUACAAAUCGAUUGUAUGCUCUCAAGUAUAUGUGUAAGAAAAAAAUUGUUGAACAAAAUGCCAGUAAAAAUGUACUACGUGAAGUUGAAAUACUCAAAAUGCUUCAUUAUCAAUUUAUUGUUAACUUGCAGUUUUCAUUUCAAGAUGAUCGUUACAUGUACAUGGUGAUUGAUCUAAUGCUAGGUGGAGAUUUGCGUUUCCAUAUAAAUCAAGGUCACACAUUUACAGAAGCUGAAGUAACAUCUUAUAUAUUAGAAAUGGCACUUGCUCUCGAAUAUCUAAAGGAGAAAUCUAUACUUCAUAGAGAUAUUAAACCAGAAAAUUUACUUCUUGAUAGUAAUGGGCACAUACAUUUGUCUGAUUUUAAUAUAGCAACUUGGAUACCUGAUGGAAAACUUGCAACCUCUAUCAGCGGAACUAAGCCUUAUAUGGCUCCAGAAGUUUUUGAAACUGAAGCUGGUACUUGUGUUGGAUACUCUUUUGAAGCUGAUUGGUGGAGCAUGGGUGUUUCUUUAUUUGAAAUAUUAUGCAAAGAGCGACCAUUUAAAAUCUGCUGUGAUUCGCCUUCAGAAAAUUUAGAAGUUUUGGAAAAAACAAAGAUAGUUUUGGCAAUUCCAAUCACAAUGAUUAUGUCACAACUGAUGUUAGCUUUGUUGGAGUUUGAUAAAAAUAAAAGGCUAUCUAGUGUCAACGAUUUAAAGUUGUAUAUUAAUGACUAUGAUGCUCGCUUGGAGAAAGCCUCAAAGAAGCAACUUAAUGCUAUUUUUAUACCAAGUAGUGAGAAAUUAAACUGUGAAGCUAUUCAUGAACUUGAAGAAAUGAUAACUGAAUCAAAUCCUCUUCAAAAGCAGCGUAAAAAAAAGCUAACAAAAAAGCAACCUUCUUGUGUUGACAUCAAUGAUCCUAUAGAAGAGUUAUCAAGGAAAUUUUCUUCUUUCCAAAGAAUCAGUUCGUCAAAUGAUGAAAAAGAAAUGACUGUUGAAACUCGUGCUAUUCUUGACACUUCCAUGUACUCAAAUAGUCAUUUCAGUUCUCCAAAUUAUAAUUCUCCUGGUACUGUUUUAUCUCCAAAAAUUCCAAUAAAUAUUGGUGCCAAGACUUUAGUGGCCUCUAACAGGAGCAAAAAUCUAUCAAUUUCGACUGAAAAUUUUGGGAUAGUUCGUAUUGAAGAACGUGGUUUAAAGAGUGAACACUCUCAAAACUGUAGUACUGCGUCAUCUGCUAUUUUAGAUGGUUCUUAACUUCUCUUUUUUUUUUAAAAGUCUUUUAAAUAAUGUUAUUUUUGUACAUACUGUGAUUAUAGUCUUGAGUUUUAAAGGCUUAAAAUAAGUUUAUUAAUGACAGUUUAUUAGCGCUGUACAUGCUUUUCAUUUUUAAAAAGGAAAAGUAGCUUUUUUAUUUAUAUUUUUUUAAUAUUAAUUUUUUUUCUAAUUAUUAUUGUUGGUCUUUUGUUGCAUUCUAAAUUUUUAACACUGACCAGUUUUUUAAAUUAAUAUGUUAGUUUGUCAUGAUCUUUUUUUUUUUGUCAUGAUUGUUUUUUGUUUUUUUUUCUUUGGAUGUAGUCAUUUUCAUUUGCAUGCAUGUUUAUGACAUUAUGGUUUUUAGCGUUUUAAUUUCUUAAAAAAGAAAAAAAGAUUUUUACUGUUCUGUUGAAAUUUGUUUCAAGUAUCAAGAAACUUUUGAUUUUCUUAUUUUAUGCAGCAAACAAGACUUGAGAAAAAAAA